UUUGAUUCAGUCAGGUUAAUCAUAUCCAGCGGUAGUGACGUGUGUAAGAGUAAAAACCUAGUAUUUUUUUUUAUUAACAAGUACAGUAUCAGCCUUGGACUAAGUAACAAUGGAUCAGUUUUUAGGAAGAAGAUAUAAGCUCGCCGAGCCGGAUACUAAGAAUUUUGAUGAAUAUAUGAAAUUUAUCGACAUUGGUCUAAUAUCACGCAAGACCGCCGCCUCAGUCUCACCAGUUGCUGAGAUGACCAAGACGGAAACUGGAGAAUACAUUCUUACGUUCACCACACUCAUCAAAACGAUGAGAGCUGUUUUCAGGCUCGGUGAAGAGUUCAUAGAGGAACGAGCUGAUGGAACUAAAGUAAAAUCUACGAUAACCUGGGAGGACGGCAAGCUGGUGCAGGUACAGGUGGAAGAUAAUGGCAGAAAAUCAAAGCAUGUGCGGACCUUCACCAUGGACACUCUGACUGCGGAGACCACAGCUGAAGGAUGGGAUGGAAAGUGUGUCAGGGUGUAUCGGUAUCUACCGUAGAUAGAUUGCAUGUGUUUCAGUCAUAAAAUUUAACAUAGAGGUUAAGUAGGCAACAUUGAAAUUACCAAACACUUAUAAUAAAUAACUUUGGUGAUAUAUUUAAAUAUUAUAAGUACUCUUUGAAUUUACUGAAGAACUGAAUACUGUUGAAAAUAUAUGUAUUGAAUUCGGCAUAAUAUUAGUCUACAGAAAUGAAAAUUUUGGUGAAACUGUCCUCGCUACUGAAUUCUGAGAUUUUUUACACGUUGCCUGCGCAGAAAACAGACAUUAAUUCUUAUAGUUGAAAGUACACUAUGAAAUAUUUAUAAUAUUUUAUUAUUCUGAUUUCAAUAAACCAAUCUGCGGUGCAUUGGUCAGGUCAAUGGGUCAUGUGCUUCCCUCAAGCCGUAAGAGUUUAGGUCAUUUGGUUAAGGUUUAAAAUUUUCAAUAUACAUAUGUAUAUGUUUUUUUUGUAUAAACAUACAAGGCAACUUAGAUUGGUGUUGGUCACAGACAUAUACCUGGCUAGGUCUCGUGUUAUUAGGAAUAAAAACAAAAAACUUCAAUGAACAAAUCUUCACAUACCUACUUUACUUAAAAGUGGGUGCACAGGUUGGUAUCUGUUUCACAAAUUAAAAAAGUUUUUAUUUUAAAAGUCCAAUGCAAUGUCAUGGUAUUAGGAAAAUAUAAUGCCGAAAAAUAAAUUGCUGUGAGCUGUAAAAUAUAAUUUUACAGAUAAUAAUAUAAUUUUAAGAUUCUUGCCAUUGUUAUAUAAUUCUAUAAAACUUAGAUAGGUAUAUUGAUACCCAUUAAAAAGGUGAACCUACACACAUAAGAAGGUUGGAAGGGUUUUUGUAAAUAAUAUUGUUUUAAGUACCUAUUAUAAUAAUUUACAGUAAAUAUUACACUUAAGUUGUUUUAAAUUCCAUUUGAUUUGCUUGGGGUACCAUAAUCUGUGGUGGUAAGUGCAACAAACAGUCAUAAAUAUAUUAGUAAUAAAAUUUUGAAGAAUUUUG